AUGGCUUUUCGCGUUGGCGAAGUCUACGCUGGAAGUUCGGUAUUUCUUACCGGAGGAACAGGAUUUUUAGGAAAAGUCGGAGAAUUAUGAAAUUAUGAGUUUUCAAAAUGAAGUUCAGGUUGUCAUUGAAAAGCUAUUAUGGUCAGUCGACGACAUUGGAAACAUUUACAUGCUCAUUCGGCCGCAAAAAGGAAAGAGCCCUGAAGAGAGACUUCAAACAUUGUUGAAGGUUAAUUUCAAAUAUUUUAAAGCGUCGAAAUGCGGAAAAAACUGAGAAAUUUGAUUGAAAGAAAGUGAAAGUACGAAAAAUGAUGAUUAAAUUUGUUAAUGGUUCUAAGAGAAGCUCUCACAUUGAGCGAUUGUAGAAAUCGCUCUUGGAUUUUUCAAAAACGUUCUAUUUUUCGCUACAGAAUCUAUUGAAUAUUGGCUCAAACACUCUAAAAAUAUCCUCUCAAUAUUAUUGAUUUGGAAAAAAAAUACUUGAAUGAAAUCGGAAAAUAUAUGCAUGCUUGCACUUUUCAGGACCCUCUGUAUGAACGUCUUCACAAGCACAAGCCAAAAGCUCUGAAAAAGCUGAUUCCAGUAGCCGGAGAAAUGAUGCAGGAAAACUUGGGCAUGAGUCACCACGACCUGAACCUUCUGUGCAAUGAAGUAUUCCUUCACUUUUUAUUUUUUCGAAACUUCAAUCUAGGUGAGCAUCGUGAUUCACAGCGCGGCAACGGUCAAGUUCGACGAGCAGCUGAGAAUCGCCACAGAGAUGAAUGUUCUGGGAACAUCUCGGAUCAUUGCUCUUUGUCACAGAAUGGCAAAACUAAAGGUAUAAUUCAAUCCCUAUCAAUUUGAGACGUCCAAAAGAGUGUACCAAAAAAAAAGUUUUGACGUCUUUGUUCAAGAUAUCAAUGAAUACAGUAUAACUACGUCGUAGCUCAGCCAGCUGGUUUUUGGUUCUUUUCUGCUCGCCAUUAUCUUCUUAUCAACCUCAAAUUUUUGGUAGCGGUUUUUACGACCCCUAAUUGACAGCUUGAACUUCUCGACUAUGUUUCCGAGGCGAAAAUAAAGCGACCAGAAUAUUUUUCUUUGAACUUUCAGUCCAUCGUGCACGUCUCCACAGCUUACGCCAACUGUGAUCGACCAGAAACUGAAGAAAAAGUAAAUUAAGUAUAAUAUUCUUAGUAUUGAAAAUUUUUUUAGAUAUAUCCGCCGCCGAUUCCUCCACAACAAUUUUUUUAG